AUGGCGUCGAAUCACGAGAUUCCGCUCCUCCCGUCCCCAUCAUCCCGCCUCUCCCCGUCCUCUCGCGCGCAUCUUACGAACGUCGCGGGAGACUCGAGCCGCGAUUCCCGCUUCCGCCGGCACACCGCGUGGGUGUCGUUCACCCUAGCAGCCGCGCUGCUCCUUCUCUUGCUCGAGCUCGAAAUCCUUCCCUUGCCUUCGAACCACUCGCGUUCGUACACGUCAGAGUCCGACGUGGCUCACUCUCAGCCACGUGGACUCGCGGAACCGCGCGAAUUCGAGUUACCUUCGUACGCGAAUUCGUAUGAAAGUGAUUUCGUUCGUUUCAGUCGUUUUCGUGAUGAAGAGAGUGCUUCUAGUGAAAGCCUGAAGAGCUCGGAAAAAUGGCACAAGCGGGUAGUGCAGCUCCCCCGCCUGCGCGCGGAGCAGAAGCGCGCAAGGAAGGCGCAAAGGCAUGGGGGAAAACCGCCUGGUGAUGGCGCAGGGGGAAGCGGAAGGGGAGGCGUGGGGUUGCGCCUGUGGCCCAUGCCGGUGGAAAUAGCGGCGGAAGGAAGCGGAGAGGUUGUAGUCAGCCCGAACCUGAGGCUCGACAUUAGCUUCGGUGGAGGGCCGAGCCUGCUAAACGGGAGAAGGCGGGAGGUGAAUGCGGAGGUGCUGCGACGCGCGUUUGAACGGUACCUUGGGAUCAUCUUCGCCCAUGACUAUUCGCGGCGACGCGGCGGGCAGAACCAUGGCGGUUCGGAGAGGCGCCGUCUGGGGGGGAAAAACGCGGCGGAAGGGGGACUGGAUGCGGAAACGGAGGGGGAAGAGACAGAGUGGAAGGGUGGGGGAGUCGCGGGAAAGGAAGAGGAGAGGAGGAGAGGAGAGGAGGGAGAGGAGGGAGUGACGGUGAUGGAGUGGGUGCGAGUGCAUGUGGAGGACGCCGAGGCGGAGCUGCACAUGGGAGUGGACGAGAGCUACGAGCUAUCCAUCCCACAUGCACCGCCACAACUUGCUACACGCCACGGGCAUGCCAUUGCCAACAUGUCUGCCACCAUUCGGGCCAGCACCACCAUUGGAGCAUUGCGAGCACUAGAGACCCUCUCCCAGCUCUGUGUGUUUGACUUCGUGGCUCGCGUGGUCACCAUCCGGGGCUCACCCCUCCUCAUCCGCGAUGCCCCCCGCUUCCAGCACCGCGGGCUGCUCAUAGACACGGCGAGGCACUUCCUGCCAGUGCCGGUGAUGGAGAGGGUAAUUGACUCCAUGGCGUAUGCCAAGCUCAACGUGCUCCACUGGCACAUGGUGGACUCACAGUCCUUCCCCAUCGAGACGCCCUCCUUCCCUCGCCUCUGGCUCGGAGCUUUCUCUCCGUCUGAGCGCUACACCACAGAUGACAUGCACCACAUCGUGCAAUACGCGGAGGAGAGGGGGGUGAUAGUGGUACCUGAACUCGAUUCACCUGCACACGCUGCCUCAUGGGGAGUGGGCCACCCAACGCUCCUGCCAGCUGCUGCCUGCCCCGAGCCUCUUGAUGUGUCCAACCCCUUCACCUUCCAACUCAUAAAAGGGGUGCUGCAAGACCUCCGUGCAGUGUUCAAGAGCUCCCACAUUCACCUGGGGGGAGACGAAGUCAGCUUUGAGUGUUGGAGUUCAUCUCCCGCCAUAAGUGCAUGGCUGCAGCAGCGCAACCUGACAGCAGAGGGCGGCUAUGGGUACUUUGUGAGGCGAGUGCAGGCACUGGCCGUGGAGGCUGGAUGGCAGACCACUGUCGUGUGGGAGGAGCCAUUCAAGGUGUUUGGAGCAGACCUGGACCCAGCCACCACCAUCGUGCAGAACUGGUUUGACACGGCUCUGCCGCCCGCAAUCGUGCAGUCUGGAUUCCGCAUGAUCUUCAGCAAUCUCAAUCUCGGCUGGUACCUUGACUUUGUUGACCGCACGUGGAGCGAGGUGUAUUCUCAGGAGCCAACAGCAGGGGUGCCAGAGGCGCUGCAGCACCUGGUGGUGGGCGGCGAGACGUGCAUGUGGGGGGAGCGGGUCGACCCGUCUGAUCUGCUCAACACUGUGUGGCCGCGCGCUGCUGCUGCUGCAG